AUGGCGAAACCUGUUGCUACAAGAUUCAUGAUAAUUUCAGACACUCACAACUUCCAAUUUGGGAAUGCGGAAAAGUGGUACGGCGCCUUCCGUCAACCAGUCCCCAAAGUCGACGUUCUUCUCCAUGCCGGCGACUUGACUGAACGCGGGGGAUUGAAGGCCUAUAAAGGUGUUCUGAACAUGCUCAGCAGCAUCGAUGCUGAGCUAAAGUUGGUCAUUGGGGGGAACCAUGAUUUCUCUCUUGACGGAAAUUACUGGAGAAAUCACCUGUUCGAAGAUGCGGACCCUGAGGAUAUAGCGGAACAUGACAACGCAAUGGAAAUAUUCAAGGGGCCAUUGGCAAAAGAAGCAGGCGUCACCUACCUCGAAGAAGGACUCAACACCUUUACCCUCAAAAACGGUGCCAAGUUCACCAUCUACACCUCUCCAUAUCAGCCCGAAUUCUACGACUGGGCAUUCCCCUACGAAAGAAAUGAGGACCGCUUCAAUCUCCAGGAUCAAUCUGCCCCCGGCGUCACUUCCAUCGCAACGAAUCCUAUCCCCGAUUUCCCUUCUGUCGACAUUAUGAUGACCCACGGGCCACCGAAAGAUAUUCUUGACUGGACAGCCCACGGGACUGUGGGUUGCGAGAACCUGCUUCGAGCAGUCAGCCGCGCUCGACCUCGUCUCUACUGCUUUGGACAUAUCCACGAGGCGUACGGCGCCAAGGUCAUUACAUGGAAAGACGACAAGACGCUGAUUGGAGCUAAGGCGAUCGAAGAACAAUCUCCGCAGCCAAACGUCUAUCCGAAUUCAAGCAGUUGGCCCAUCAAUUUUGGGAAGGAGACCUUGAUGGUCAACGCGGCCAUCAUGAACCUCCAGUACAGACCGACCAACGCUCCUUGGCUGGUUGAUCUCGAACUUCCGCGUGCAACGUGA